AUGACCGACAAACUAAGUAUCUCGAUGAUCACAAUCUUGAUGAGCUUCUUCCACGACGUUGUGCGUAACGACGCACGGUUAAACCACCUCCGAACGGCACUCACACAACUUCCACAUAGCAUCCCCCUCGGAAAUUCCAAAUAUAAUUUUGAACACUAUGUACCAGAUCCGGAUAGGGUCGAGCUCUAUGGCAGUACCGAAGCUGCGCUGAAUAAUGUGCUCGAGGUCACGUUUGCACCCAGAGGCCGGAAGGAUGAGUCUGCACUGUGCCCAUUUGAGUUUGAGGAGCACGGGCCGUGUCCCAAUUCUGCGCUGCUUCAAAAAUGGCUUCGUGAUCUGUGGCGGACCACAGUUUAUCACUAUAAUUGUGCAAAGCAAUCAGUUCCAAGUCCUACCAACACCGAAAAUGCAACAGCCGCUAGUACAGCAAACUCCGAGGCACUCGAUAUUGAUGCUGGCGACUAUGAAGACUUGCCUGAGCCAGUUGCGCAAGGCCCAGGUGGCCGUCCAAUUGAUCCGAAGCUCCUCGCACUUACAAUCCGAUGUUACAAGAAGGAUGACCCAUCCAAGGCACACAUGUUUCGCUGCGCGGGAACAAAUACUGGCUGCACCACUGCGUGGAAGUCCAAGAGCUGGGUCAAGAGACGGAUCCUCGUACAUGCAGCGACCUGCGAGCACCUUCCGCGCAAGCUCAAAGAAAAGCUUGAUGGAGGCUUAGCAAUAGAUGCUCCAUCCACGAAAUUGGCA